UGUGAGAGAGAAUGUGUGUGUUCAUCGAGACGCUGCUGAAGAAUAAGUGUGAUUACAGAGAGAUAUCAGCAGGUAAAGGAUGAAGGCAAGAGGAUGACGUCAGGAGCGUCAGGUGAAGCCUUCAGAUGAAACGUCGGCAGAUUCAGGAAGAGUUUUUACAGGAGAACAACUGGGAGGUUAUGAAAAUUGGCUCGGUACUGGGGAAGACCCGGGCGCGCCGCAGGUGGAGCGGACUCUCGGCCAGUGAAGGGUUAAAGCGCACUGACAGCUCAGACUGAGGAAGAGGAGGACGAGGAGGUGGAGGAGGAGGAGGGUCGCUGCAGCGGCUCUAUCACUCAGUAAACAGUCGCGAUACGCUCUGAAUCGGAUUGUCUUGGACCGCAGAGACCGGAACCGGCCGGCGACGGGAGAACGAUGAGGAUGAAGAAGAUGAUGAAGAUGCAAAGCGGUCAUGUAACCUCUGACGAACAAGGCCUCGCCUGGCGCCUGCUCAGUUCCAGCCGGCCAGAGCUCUGAGCGAGGGAUGAUGGGAGAUGGGGCUCCGCUCCGGACAGAGGGGACCGCUCUCCUGAAGGCAGUCUUCCAGGGUAAGCUGAGGUUGACUCGUCUGCUGCUGGAAGGCGGGGCCUACAUCAAUGAGGGAAACGAGCGCGGCGAGACGCCCCUGGCCGCAGCGUGCCUAGCUUCCUACGAUGACCCGCAAACUCGCCAAAAGAUGGUACGCUACCUGCUGGAGAAAGGCGCCGAUCCAAACAUCCCGGACAAGAGCGGCAGGACGGCGCUGAUGCACGCCUGCGCCGAGCAGGCGGGGCAGGAGGUGGUCUCACUGCUGCUAGCAAAUGGAGCCGAUCCCAGUCUCAAGGACUACGGCGGCUCGUCUGCCCUGGUCCACGCCAUCAACAAGGGGGACCGCAGCACCCUGCAGGUGCUUCUGGAUGCCUGUAAGGCCAAAGGCAAAGAGGUGAUCAUCAUCACGACAGACACGUCGCCGUCUGGCACGAAGAAGACCAAGCAGUACCUCCACUCUCCUCCAUCGCCGGGAAUUGUUGACAAACUGUCUCCAGCCUGCAUGUCCCCAUCUGACGUGGAAAUUGGUACUUCGUCCCCGGCAGGAGACGGCGUCCCAGACCGGGAGGGGAUCUUUAGCUUCACACUCACAUCUGCGCUGCCGCUGCCCUCAGCCAAACCCCCUGGAGAGAAGAGACCUCCGCAGAGGAAGCUGCUGAAGAGGCUGAACUCUGAGCCCUGGGGUCUGGUGGCCCCUUCGGCGUUGGCUCCGCAGGAGCGCCUGGUGGAGAUGGGAGGCUGUGGUGUGAGCAGGGCUGUUAAAGAGAUGAACGGACUGACCAUCACAGAACCUGUUAGGCCCCUCUUGUCUCGGCGGCACAGCAUCGAGACCCAUGACCCUUGUUCCCCCAAGCCAAUCGACCGCUCUUGCUCCGAGGACUGUGGCGGCCUCGCUGGCUCUUCCUGGGCCGACAAGGUGCAGCAGCAUCAGAUCCUGUACCGCAGAAACACAGCACCUGAGCCCCAAGAGAACGCGCCGGGAGCAGCUGCGGCCCGGGCGCCAGCGCACGCUCGACUGACACGGAUGGAGCAUUACGAAUCAGACACCCACCUCUGCCCGGAGUCCAUCCCAGGCUCUCCAGACUCCGGUCGCUUAUCUGUGGAGCGUAGGAAAUACAAUGCCUCCCCCCUCGCUCUGGUCACCAGCUCCUCCAGAGAGUCGCUGGAGAACAUUCCCAACUCCGUCUCCCCCAUCACCAUGCGUCGCCGCCCCCCUGGGCUCCUUGAGCGUCGAGGAUCCGGGACUCUUCUCCUGGACCACAUCUCCCACACCAGACCAGGCUUCCUUCCUCCACUCAACAUCAACCCGCAGAGACCUAUUCCAGACAUUCGAGCCAACGGCAAGCCCAGUUCCCCAGUCCACAGCGUGCACAAGAUCCUGGUGCCAGUGGCCCCUGCUUCUCCCAAGCGAGGGUCAGACUUUAAAAUGAAGAAGAAGCUGCUGAGGAGACAUUCGAUGCAGACGGAGGAGAUGAAACAGCUGUCCACCUUCCAAGAGAUCCUGUCUGAGAAAGUUGUUGAGUCCAACGGAGACUGAUGAAACACCUCUGCUUGACAGAUGGGCACCAAGACAGCGGCUAAAUCACAAGCUACUUGCUACUGUGUACCAAAAAGUGACGUGAUUCUCACAUGGACAUAACGGUCCACGUUUUUACGUUAACGUCAAAAAGCAACAAUAACUUGUUUUCCGAAUAGGCAAAAACAAACGUUAUUCAUUGCACGUUUGUAGCUAUGUUUCAUUUGUUGUCACUGCUGGAGGUUGCGUGACAGCGUCCCUUGAAAGGCUGUUAAAAUUGUGAAGUCAGUUGUAAAACCUUGGUGUUUUGCUUGUCUGAGCCACAGGGGGCGCCACUGAGCUGAUUGAGUUCCAGCUUUGAAGGUCAAACAUGGCAACUCUGGUAACCACAAGAUUUUGGAUUAUACUCUUCUCCAGCUGGUGCCACGCUGGUGCCGUCUUCCUCAACCUUUGCCCUCACCUCAGAUCUGUUUACAAGGCAUUCCCGAUGCUUCCUGACAGACUCCAUGAUGUUUACAGAUGCACAAUUUGCACCGAGGAAGUGGAUCCCAACUCUGGACAUGGACUCUCCAGUGUGACAUUGUUUUAGGAAGCCUUGGCGUGGAAGACGUGCGCUGAGCUGGAUCCUGGCUCCUCUUCAGAGCGCUGAGGUCACUUCCGGGUUGAAACCAAAACAUAGUUCUUGAUUGUGAAAUUCCAAAGACACCUGAAGUAGUUGGUGGGACUGGAGCUAAAGCUUGGACCAGAAUGUAAAUACUGUAAAGAUCUUUGUGCAAUAGCGGUCACUGCGGAGCCUUGAGAGGAUCAGGUGACUCUUCGCAGUUUCAUCAAGAUGUGGACUUUCGUCUUCCUGAUCCUUUGGGCAAUUGUCUAAAGCAGGUUGUGUUGGUUGUGUCUGAGGUUUGAGUCCAGAGAUCUGAAGGCUCCUCCUCGGCAGAUGAGUCUUUCACGAUGGUCACAUCCAGUGGGGCUGAAGUGACUUCUACCAUGAGUCAAUGGGAAGGGCACUUCAUGGUCCUCAGAGAGGAAGCCGAAGCUCAACCUGUGGACCAUCACCAGCCGACGUCUGUGAACAAUGGUUUGUUGCCCAAGAUGGUUGAAAGCGACAAUGAUUUGAUUCAUGACGAUCAACAAACAUCAAAUUCAAUUGCCGAGUCAGCAGGAUGACUCACCUGAAGCGUUCCACUUCUAAUGAGCUGGUCGCACCAGCCCAGUCUCUGGUCAGUCUUGUUUACAUGUGAAGCACCUAUACUGAGAUGAUUUUCCGUCUGAGGGCUGCAUGAGUGACAUCACAAACCUGUAACAUGUGACAGCAAGGCCCCGCCCAUCACUACAUCAGCAUCAUCAUGAAGCUCUUGCAGCAGAGGAGUCUUUCACGAUGGACAAGCUCACCAUCUCUCAACAUUCUGGCGGUGGGCGGGGCUACUUCUGCAAUGUGCGUAGAUACUUGAAGUUAAAACUCAAACAGUAUUUUUGUAAGUCCACAGGUCGAGUCAGAGGUCUCUUCCGAGUCAUUGUCUAUUUUUCUUCUCUCACUUGUACCAAGUCGAAUAAACGUUUGUUUCCUGUUGAAAUCCUACAUCUGU